GUUGUUACUGCAGGACGCUUAGAGGGCGUAGUGACAAAAUUAGUCGCAUAUUGCUUGAGUACGCUGUGUUCCACGUUUUUUUUAGAGUGCUUAGGCCCCGGAAGUUAGUUUUUUACCUGGAUUUUUAAACCAUUGCAACCGCCAUGGAUUGCUGGUGCCAAAUAACACUACAGACCAGGAGCUACAGCAUAUCAGAAAUAGCCUACCAGAUUCAGUCAUCAUUCAGCGGGUGGAAGAAAGGCUGUCUGCCUUGGGAAAUGUAAUAGCAUGCAAUGACUACGUAGCACUUGUACAUCCAGAUAUUGAUAGGGAAACUGAAGAAAUUUUAGCAGACACUUUGAAAGUUGAAGUUUUCAGGCAAACAUUGGCAAAUCAAGUGCUAGUAGGAAGCUACUGUGCUUUCAGUAAUCAAGGAGGAUUGGUUCAUCCAAAGACAUCCAUAGAGGACCAAGAUGAGCUGUCCUCGCUGUUGCAAGUUCCUCUUGUGGCUGGGACAGUAAAUCGAGGAAGUGACGUGAUUGCAGCAGGGAUGGUUGUCAAUGACUGGUGUGCCUUUUGUGGCCUGGAUACAACCAGCACUGAGCUCUCUGUUAUUGAGAGCGUCUUUAAACUAAAUGAAACUCAACCAAGUGAUAUUGCAACCACCAUGAGAGAUUCUUUGAUAGAUAGCUUGGCAUGUUAAGCAGUGCUCGUCAUUAAUUCAUCGCCCUGAGACCUGACAGAACCCGAUAAGAAAAGACUGAAAAGAUAUAACUCAUUUGUGAUUUAUCAUUAUACUGUCGAUGUACUCACCCUGUUGAAAUCUGUCUUUAUCCCAUCCUUAAGUACCAUGUAUGAGUUCUUGCUAGAUUGUGAAAGUAGACUGAGACCAUAGUGUGUAUUUUGACAUUUUGAUAAUUAUCUCACAGAGAAUAUUUUCUCAGAACAGAUUAAAAUAAACUCGCAAUUUUGGCACUUAAUUUAAUCACAAACAGUGUCUAAAGAUGUAUUUUGCAGAUAGCAGCAGAGAGAAAAGUAAUUAAACAUAUGUAUAUAAUGUAUGUAUAUGUUUAUACCAUACCUUUUUCUUUUUAAUUUUGACAAAAAUUAAGUUCUAGUGACAUUGUUGCAAGUGGCAUAGAUACUCUUGUAUUACUGUAAUGUGUAAUAGUAAAUGAUAGUUUUGUAAGCAAAUGAGUUUUGCAUUACCUAAUGAAGUCUAUUUUUUGUUCUCUUCAGUUAAGUAUUAGCAGAAAUUAGGAAAGCAAAGAUCAUCUGUAAUUAUCUUGUAUAGAUUACAUACAAGCUCUGUGGACUAACAGAAAGCAGCAAGGUUAUUACCCGUUUGACUUUUACUGGCACUGUGUAUUGAACAUCUUUAGACAUGUCUGUGUUGCAGUAAUGUAAAUUGUAGAAAAAUGUUUAUCUUCAUAAAUGGUUGUGAGGUUAAUAAUGAAAGAGCUGACACUUAAAAAUAUCAGAAACUUUAAAGAUCAGCUGGGUUUGAAUGUCCUAAACGGUGAAAUUCUACAGAAAACAAAUGCAGGCUCUUGUAUGCCACAUUAGUUCACACACUGCAAACAUUAGACUGGGCUAAAGUAUUUUGCAGGGAUCUGUAUUCUGGUCCUUUGAUGCCGAUCUGUGAGUGUUAUGUAUGUUGUAUUUCAUGUUAAUUGUAGAAGUGGCGGUAUGUAUAAUCUUAGUAGUAGAGGUUCAGCCAGAUGGGAAUUCUGCUCUUAACUGUGCAUGAUCAGUCUUGCUUUCAGCAAUAUAACAGCUGUAGAAUGUUAUUAGUGGUUUAAGUAAUGUGUGACAGUAGUAGAAUUCCUUGCUGCUUUGACCCAUUUCCAAGUCAUCUGGAUACAAAAUGUUAAGUACAAACUACACAGUUAAUCACAGUGGGAGGGGUUUCUUUGGGCAACAUAGAAAAGAGCAUUUUAUGGGGAACAAGCUGCUCAUUUCAGAAAUGCCUGUUUUAAUGCAUGGUACAGCUGCGUGCUGAAACAGGUUAAAUUAAACUUUGAAGUUGCUCAACAGUGUUUCAGCUGCCUAAGCAAAGUAGUUUUGAUUCCCGGUUCUCAAAAGUGAAAAAUGGAGCAAAAAUGUUUGUUUUCAUUGCUUGUGUAGCUGUUAAGCAGCAUAUGCGGUUUAGUUUAUCUGUUACUGGCCGACAGCAUUCUCUGAAAUAAAGCCUGCUAUAUUCUCA